AUGUCCGAGUCUCCACUGAAAGAAGAUCCCCACCCGGGUUCUCCAGUCGAGGCCACGCGAAAUGAGACUCCUGAUGUUUCAAACCAAGUUGCUGUUCCCGAAAAGACCGUUCCGAGCAAGAAAAAACUGGUCUACUCUGAUGAUCCAGAGACGCUACAGAACGAACUUGGUUUAGCACCGAGAUCGAUUGUGUUGGCUAAAGUGAAAGGGUACCGUGCAUGGCCCGCCAUGGUUUUGGCGUACGAUAUCCUUCCUGAGAAUAUCAAGAAGAUGAAGCCUAAGUCAGUAAAACAAGCCAAGAAAUCUCCCACUCCGGUUAUCGUCGUUCCUGUUCGCUUUUUCAGUGACGACACAUACAUAUGGAUAAAGUCUGUGGACUUGAAGCCGUUGCUGUCGGAGGAUAUCCAGACAUUCUUGGAUAAGAGAGCCAACGCCAAAAAACAUGAUCCUUUGAUAGACGCUUAUAAUCUUGCGAAGAAUCCACCGGAUAUGGACGAAUUCAACCGCUGGGGGUCACAGGGCCCGCCUCCAGAAGUUUCAGAAACAACAGAUGACUUGAUGUUAGAAGAGAGUGAAGAAGAAGCGAACGAACCUGCGAAGAAAAAGCUUAAAAUUAAGUUGCCUGCUCGCAAGCCGGCGAAAAAAGCCGCAAAAAGCAAACCAUCGAAGCGUCAAGAGAAAGAAGAUCCAGGGUUUGCUGACUACGCGGAGUUCGAAAAGGAAUUGGAUGACUUGGAGCUGCCCUCUGAAGAAUACGACUCGGAUUGGGGAACUGAAGAAGCAAAUCAUAAUUUCGACACAGGGGACUACAUAUUUGAAGAAGAAGAAGAGCAAAAACAUUUUGAAGAAGAGUUCCCGUCGGCAGCUACUUUAACGCAGACGCUUACCCAUUACACCAAAUACUUGGACCAAGUGCACAAAAACAUUUCGCCUAAGCUACUUCUGGGAGAAUUUUCUGAAAAGGAAGUCUUGGGCGAGAUUCUGAAAAUUGAAAAACAUCUAUCUCGAGGCGAAAUGCCUCUUGUUGCCUUCACACGCUCUGCGUUGUUUAGGUCGCUCUUGCUUGUUCUCCAUAAGCCGAAACAGAAGUUCUCCCUGCGAUCUGUUCGUGGCGCCAUUGAGCGUCUUUUUAAAUUAUUGUCAUUGGAGCCUGCCACGUUGACGAUGGAGGACCUUGUGAUUCCUACUCCAGAAGAGACACCAGCACCAGAUAAGGAACUUGCCAGUCAAAAUGGAACUGACGUGAAGGAGGAGACAGAAGGAGACGAAAUAGAUAUCGAGAAAGACGAACAAAACGAGGAACCGAAGGAAAAAGACAUCGAAGAAAAAGUCGAAGGAAACGUCGAAGGAAACGUCGAAGGAAACGUCGAAAACGUCGAAGAGAAUGAAGAGCACGGCAAAGAAACUAGCAAAGAAGACGAAGUAAAUUCAGAGAACAAGAAUGAAGACCAAAUUGAAACGGUGAAAGAAGAAGUGGACAAUUAA